CCUUGGGUGGUACAAAGUGAUUUACUUGGAGUAAAAGUUUUUUUGCCGGCUUGCCACUAAAUAUGGCGCUCGCAAACUCCCACUGAAACACAAGAUAAAGUCAUUGGAUGUUUGUCUCGUUCGUUUCUUCUCUUACGCCUGAUUUUCUUUUAUUUUGCAAUCUAUUUUUUGCCCCCCUCUCAAGAAAUUCCAUCGUAAACAACUCCCAACUCUGUUGUUCUUGUUGUGAGCUGUUCCUCACUUUUUCUUUUUCUGUUGUGAUUUAUUUGUAAAAUUGUUUUCCAGGUGUUAUUCAUGUGUGAAAAUUAUUACUUGGGUUGAUGUUAUUUUUGGUGGGGUUUCAUUAUGGAAAACAAUUAUCUUUUUCAAUGGAAUCUAAAGGCUGGAAGCUGAAAAGGCAGACAUUUUAUUUUUUUAUAUUUUUUUGUGGGUUUUGUAAGUUUUGAUUCGGGAUCUCUUCAAGCUUCUGAGGGGAGAGAUUCGUCUCUCCUUAUCAGCGGUUAGGGUUUUACAGUUGAUUUUAGGAAUUCAAUAUCCAUGAAAUCAUGUGUGUAUGAAUUUUCACUGAUUAAUAUGAAAUUUUAGUGAGUGUUAUAGAAGUGGGUUCUGUUUUGCUGUUUGUUAUAAUACACACAGCAAUCUGCAACUGCUGUUUGUUUUGAUAAAGAAAUGAGUUGCUUUUCUUGUUUUGGUCGAAAGAAACAAGACAUCAAAGUCGAUAUUGAUAAUGGCACUCGAUCCACUUAUUCUUCUGUAUCCUCUGAAAAUGGGAGAGCUAAUGAUAAGGAAAAUGGUGCAAAAAGAGCAGGUGGGGCUCGUAGUUUCACAUUCCGGGAACUAGCAGCAGCCACGAGUAACUUUAGAGAUGUGAAUUUGAUUGGAGAAGGAGGUUUUGGAAAGGUUUACAAGGGGCGCUUGGAAUCAGGCCAGAUUGUUGCUGUCAAACAGCUUGAUCAUGAAGGUGCUCAGGGGCAUCAAGAGUUCAUUGUGGAGGUUCUCUUGUUGAGUCUGUUACGCCAUGCUAAUCUUGUUACAUUGAUUGGGUACUGUACUGCUGGAGAUCAAAGACUUUUGGUUUAUGAGUAUAUGCCCAUGGGUAGUUUGGAAGAUCAUCUUUAUGAUGUGGAAAGCGUUCAUGAGCCACUGAGUUGGAACACUCGCAUGAAAAUUGCCGUUGGUGCUGCUCGUGGCCUUGAGUAUUUACAUUGCAAGGCAGAUCCUCCUGUCAUCUAUCGGGAUUUAAAGGCUGCAAAUAUUUUGCUGGACAAUAACUUCAACCCAAAACUCUCAGAUUUUGGGCUUGCUAAAUUGGGACCUGUUGGUGACAAAACACAUGUUUCAACCAGGGUGAUGGGAACGUAUGGAUACUGUGCCCCUGAGUAUGCCAUGAGCGGCAAAUUGACUCUUAAAUCUGAUAUUUAUAGUUUUGGUGUUGUACUUUUGGAGUUAAUCACUGGGCGGAAGGCGAUAGAUCUUAGUAAGGCUCGUGGGGAGCAGAAUCUAGUGACUUGGUCUCGGCCGCUGUUAAAAGACCAAAAGAAGUAUCCCUAUCUUGUUGAUCCUUGGUUGCAAGGACGCUUCCCUCGCCGUUGUUUAAACUAUGCAAUCGCUAUUGCUGCCAUGUGUCUAAAUGAGGAAGCCACUUACCGUCCUAUGAUUACUGAUAUUGUUGAAGCACUGGAUUAUCUGGCUUCCCAGUGUGAGAAUAACUCAGUGUCCCGUAAUGCUGGGACCAGCAGUGCCCCGUCACCAAUAAAUGAAUAUGCUUGUGGUUCUAAUUCUGGAAAGACUACAUCUGUUUGAAUGUAUUUCAGUUACAAGCUGCUGCAACGGUCUGAUUAGCUAUGGAUCACCCUGUCAAACUUUGAAGGAGACCCAUAAAAUACUGGAAUUUCUAUACAAAUGUGAAUGCUGCAAGAGAACAUGUGUGUGUGUAUAUAUUGGUCAAGUUGUUUGGUUGAAGUUGAACUUCUGGAGGGGAAAAAAAUGAAGCAGACCAACUGUGCUUGUCCUCAGAUGGCGGCAUCUUUUAUGAGAAGAAAAUAUAUCAAGAUAUAGUAAUAAUAUAGCAGCCCAAAAAAAUAGAUCAAAUAGCAUAUAAAUAAAGUAUGUUAUUGUUCUUUUGUCGGUUUUAGAAAGUUUCAGUC